GUCACUAAAGCUUAAGAAUGCUAAGUUGUUGCUUCAUGUUUUGACCGCCUCUCAGUUAAAGCUGACAAGAAGAACAUUUACCAUGACUGACCAGGUGCUGCUGCUCGCUGUUGGUCUGUCCGUUGGUCUUCUGUUGCUAGUGGUGCUCAUGAUUCUCACAAUGUGCUGCCUGAGGAUGAAGAAGAAAAAGCAUGGUCAAUAUCAGGAGCUGAUCAGUACGGUGCCAUCAGUUCCAUCACACUCUGCUCCGGUGAUCCCUGUAUCACAAGGGGUCUCUGCUAGGCCUGAUGAAAUCCCUUUCUCUUUACCUCCUCGCUUCAUUCCACAAAUUACUGGGUUUCUGAGAGAUGAUGAGAACAAGGAGAACGAAAACGAGAAAGGGAUGACGGCGGACGCCCAGCGAGACAUUCUGGCUCACCGUGGGUCACUCUCAGUAAGAAGUUGGUACCCAGUGGGGUCAGUGCUGACAGGUCUGUACUCUGUGACCCCUCUAAACGAGGUGGUGCCCCCCCCUCUGGGCAUGGCCACUCGCCUCUGCUUUUCUGUAGAGUAUCGACACAGCAGCGAACAGCUCGUGGUCUCCUUGCUCCGCCUCAGCAAUCUCCUUCCUCAAUUCCACAGCAACCUGACACUGGUGGAGCUCCGGCUUCUUCCUGAUGACCGGAGGCCCCGCCAGGCUAAGGCCCGGGGAACGGGGCCCGACCCAGAGUUUAACGACUGCCUGAUUUUCCAGGUAUCAGCAGUGUGUGUGUUGCGGAGCACCCUGACUAUGUGUGUGCUAAGUGUGGAGAAGGAUGCUAAACGACAUGCUGUUGGCAGAGUGUUGUUUCCUCUGGAGGGGGAGCUUGGCCAGGCUGGCAGAGUGCUGUGGAGAGACCUGGAUCCCGAGGAGGAGACUCAGUGUUCAGAGCUGGGUGAUGUGCAAAUAUCCCUUAGCUACAGUUCAUCGCUGCAGCGCCUCUCAGUGGUGGUUCUAAGAGCUCGAGGCCUUCAGCUGGUCACAGAGGCAGGUGUGUGUGUCCAGGUGAGCUUGCAGAUACACACUCAGAUGGUAAAGACGAAGCGUAGCUGUGUGAUGAAAGGUGAACAGGAUCCGAUCUUCAACUACAGGAUGACUUUUAAACUGCGGCCGCAGCACUUGGACGAUGCCUGUUUAAGAUUUCAGCUGCAGCAGCCAAAUGACAGCUGCUCAGACUCUCCGGCCCUACUGGGAGUGCUGAUGUUGGGUCCCUUCAUGUACGCCAGAGGUCUUCAGCUGCAGCACUGGAUGGACAUGAUCAACAAGGCCCAAGAGCCGGUCAAACUGUGGCACAGACUUGGCACGGCAAUCUAAAUCCCAACAUAGUAUACAAAGAUUAAAGGAAAAAAACGCUUCAUAUGUUUGUGUAUCUCAGGGGAGCCAAUGUCCAGUCCUUGAGAGCUAUUUUUAGAGAUGAUGGUGUACUUGAAGCUGAAGCUCAAGUGCAUGUGUCCAAAAAAACAAUAGAUUGCCUUGUAAGCAUUGUGUCAAAGCUUGAUUUGUUUAGCCAGAGUCGUGUGAUCAGUGACAUAUGAAGACUCAUUUGGGGCAUCACAGUGUUGGUAGUUUGGCACCUGCUUUAAUGGUUUAAUUGGAGGGACUAGUGGCAUGCUUUGGUGGUGUACAUUCAAGCUGCUCUUCAUACUUAGAGUAAGUAAUCCUUUUCAUUACAAGCUCCAACUGUGUCAGAAAACUUAAUUUUGCCAUCAAUAGCUACUAUUGUGCAACUUUUAGAUGCAUCUCUGCUCCAACACCCUCGAAUUAAAUGGCUGAACUCCCUCAUCAGAAUUUCAUUUAGCUCUGCAGAGACCUGAUAACGAGGCAUUCAUUUGACUGAGAUGGUUGGAGAAGGGACACAUCUAAAUCUCUCAGGAUAGUAGCUCUUGAUGUGUACUGAAGAACACCUUCUUCCACAUGUGCAGGGCACAUAUUCUACACAUGGUUUGCAUUAAACAUGACCUCCUUUGGCUUCUUUCGACAAUAUCUUUCUUCUUGCUGCUCUCUCAUAAAGACCUGAUUUGUAGAGUGCAUAAUAAAUAGUAGUCCUGUUGACAAAUUCUCCCACAUGAGAUACAGAUCUCUGCAACUCCACUUGGGUCUCAUGGCUGCUCCUCUGGUAAAUGCUCCUCUUGUUGGACCUGUUUAGGUUGAUGGCUAUCGUUUUAGUAGGUGUGUAGUUGUGCUAUACUUCUUCCAUGUUCAGAUGAGAUAUUGAACAGAACUGAGAUGAUUUGGGGCCCCUCUUCCUGUUAAGAUCAUCACCACCACUAACAGCAUUGCCAGUAGUGGGAAUUAUAUGGGGGGGUAAAGUUUAACUAAGCUUAAAACAAUCACGGAUAGUUUGCUGAGAUGUUCUUGUGAACAAACCAAGCUCAAACAUAAAGAAAACUACGUUAACACAACAAACAAUGAAGACUUUUCUUUGUACUUUUACAAAAUGAAGUUGCCAAUUUAAAUCUUCAAUACAAGUUUAAACAAUUCAAAAUCUUUUAAUUUGUCUAUGGUUAAACUAUCAACUCAAAUUUAUUAGUAUUCUCAUUCUCAAUAAACAAAUCUAAACAUUUUAGAUUUAUGGUUUGUGUUAAAAUUCAAGCAUUGUGAGAGGCCCUAAGCAGUGGCUUAAUUCGCUUAUGCCUGGGGCAUAAGUUUUCUAUAUGUGACACAACUGUUGUAAAAAGGAAAGGAAGUCUGCUGCUCUAUUAUUAUUCACAUGAUUUAAGAAAAUCUCAUUGAGAUGAAAAGUCUGUUUUUUAAGAGUGCCCUGGACACAUUCUGAGGUUCUGGAUUAACAACCUGGCACCAUCAGUGAGGCCAUGGCAUAUUAUGAUACAGGAAUGUAUACCCAAUGAAUAUAUUACAUGCUUGCUUAACUCCUCUAUGGACACUUUCAACUCAAUCUGGGAUCCUUAUCUGGAGGACAUUGAACCUGAGUUGGCCUCUCAGAUACUUUGUUUUACUGACUGGAUGAUUAUACCUGAUAUUCGUUGUGAUGUCCUAAAGUUUGGUAUGAGCUACUGUGUAUUUAUGUUUUGUAAAUUUGAAAAUGAUAAUAAAAAAGAGUGCUGUGGAUGCCCUGGA